UAUCUCUCUCUCUAUCUCUAUCUCUCAUUACAUCUCUCUAGUAAUUUUAGUUUCACACACUAAAUCUGUCUCUCACUCACGCACUUAAUUAAGAUCAUGAAGGUUGAAGUACAGAAAAGAUAUGCUUUGCUACUGGCAGCAAAGGAUUCUGAGUAUGUGAAGGAGGUGUAUGGUGGCUAUUUCAAUGUGUUUGUUGCGGCUUUCGGGGAAGAAGGAGAGAAGUGGGACUUGUUUAGGGUUGUUGAAGGAGAGUUCCCAGACAUCAAUGACCUCCAAAACUACGAUGGUUUUGUGGUGAGCGGCAGCCCUUUCGACGCUUAUGGCAAUGACCAUUGGAUUCUCAAGCUUUGCUUUCUAUUGCAAACCUUGGAUUCCAUGCAUAAGAAAGUCCUUGGUAUUUGCUUUGGACACCAGGUUAUGUGCAGAUCAUUGGGUGGAAAAGUUGGGAAGGCAAACAGUGGUUGGGAUAUUGGGCUAAGAAAAGUGAAAAUUGUGAAAGAUUUCUCGCCAUGCAGUUUCCUUGAAGGGUCGGAUGAAAUCCCAGCAGCCCUUUCAAUCAUUGAAUGCCACCAAGAUGAGGUAUGGGAGGUUCCCGUGGGUGCUGAAGUGAUUGCAUAUUCAGAUAAAACCGGCGUGGAGAUGUACACCAUCAGAGACCACAUUCUAGGGAUUCAAGGUCAUCCAGAGUACACCAAAGACAUUCUUAACAAUCUCAUCGAUCGCCUUCUCACAAACGAAUCUAUAGAGAAAGGUUUUGCUGAAGACGCCAAAUCGAAAUUGCAGAUAGCCGAACCAGAUAGAAAGUGUUGGGAAAAGAUUUGCAAAGGCUUCCUCAAGGGGAGAUGGAAUUAACUAGCUAGCAAGCUAAUUACUUGCAUAUAUAACCAAUAUAUAUAUAUAUAACCAAAGAGUCGUUAUAGUCGAUCUCUUCAAUAAUUUUACUAUACUUUUCAGCUGUUGUUUUGUACUUUUAGAAUAACCAACUUGGUUAUAAGUAUUUACCCAAAAAUAAUUGUUUAAUAUAGCGGGAACCAUACUUAGUUUAUAUGGCAUAAACAAGUCCCGGCCCAUACAAUAUUGUAUACUCUUUGAUCUGAUAAUGAAGAAAUAAAUAUUGGAAAUAAC